AAUAAAUAAACUAUUUUCUAAAAAAAAAAAGAAAAGAAAAACCAAGCACUGAUCUGGCAAGUCCAGUUGGCUGGAGCGGCGCUCGAGGGAGGCGGCUGGCAGGAAGCCUGCGGCCGGGGCACCGGGGGAAGCUCCGAAGGCCCAGCCCGCCCUGCGGCGGUGGCAGGUGGACUUUGCCCCCCGGAAGACGCCGCGCCGCGGGGCCCUCCUCUCGCGGGUGGCCCGCUGGUGAUGCCGGCAGCCGCCCCGCACAUCGCCUGAGCACGCCAUGGCAGACCUUUGCAGCGUGCCCCCCGAAAUCCUGGUCCCGGCUGCCAACGAGACACUGGAUCUGGUGCUGGGGAGCCAGAUAGCGCUGAACUGCACCGUGCGCUGGGCGGCCACCGAGCGCUGCGAGCCCGUCCCCGCCUGGACCAAAGACGGGCAGUGGCUGGGCAGCGAGAGCAGCCAGGACACCGCCUGGUUUGGCCAAAAUGCCUCGGAGCGGCUCCUCGCCAGCGUCCUGCAGCUCAACCUCACGCAUGAUGCUGACUUCGGGGUGUUUGCCUGCUGGCUCAGCAACGCCACAGCCACCUUCACCCUGCGGCGAGCGGAGGCGGCAGGGCACGCGCCCGCGGUGCUGGCAGCCCUCCUGGUCCUGGCCCUCCUGGUGCUUCUGGCCGGGCUCUACAUCCGAUGCCGCCUGAGCGUGCUCCUCUGGUACCGCGACCGCUAUGGCGAGCUGGAGAUCAACGACGGGAAGCUGUACGACGCCUACGUCUCCCACGCCACUGCCCCAGAUGACCGAAAGUUUGUCCACUUCAUCGUGAAGCCGCAGCUGGAGAAUCGCUACGGCUACAAGCUCUUCCUGGACGAGCAAACCAUCCUGCCCAACUCAGAGCCCUCGGCCGACCUGAUCAUGAACGUGAGCCGGUGCCGGCGUCUCAUCGUGGUCCUCUCCGUCGCGUACCUGGAGCAAGACUGGUGCAACAGCAGCUUCAGGGAAGGGCUCUGGAGGCUGCUGGAGCUUUCCAAGAAACCCAUCUUCAUCGUCUUUGAGAGCCAGUACCGGGAGAUCACCCACCCCGCCAUUAGCCUGCUGAAGCAGCACCGGAGCGCGGUGACCUUGCUGGUGUGGCGAGCCAGCUCCAUGACCCCGUCAUCGGACUUCUGGAAGGAGCUGUGCCUGGCCCUGCCCCGCAAGGUGUCCUUCCAGGGGACCGUGGGGGACCCACAGACCCAGCUGCAGGAGGACAAGGACCCCAUGCUGAUCCUGCACAGCAGCUACCUGGACAGCGGUGGAGACCUCCACCCGGACGGGGACCUCGGUACAGGCCUCCGAGGGUGCAUUUUCAGAAGCCCCCCGCCUCCCCGCAUCGGCGGCCCCGGCGCUCCCAUGGCUUCGGCUGCCGGCACGACAGAGGACACACAGCCGAGGGACGGCCAGAGACCUGAGCUCGACGUCUCAGACCUGGGAUUGCGCAACUACGGUGCCCGCACAGACUUCUACUGCCUGGUGACGGAGGAUGACAUCUGAGUGGGGCCGGGGGCCAGCAAAGGCGGCAUCCCCCUUCCCCACGGGGCCGCAGGGACCCAGAUCACAGCCAGAGGAGCUUGGGCUUUAUGAUGGGACCAAAGCCAAGGUCUUGGUGGGAAAGACAGAAGCCAGCUCCUUCUGGCAGCAUGCUCCAUGGUGGAAAACCAGCACCAGUGGACAGCCCUGCCCGUAGUGCCUGGGCACCCGCGGGUGCAGGGCCCCCCUCCCUCACCGUGGGCGGCAGGGACAUUUUUCCUGUGUGAUGGACAAGCGCUGGGAUAGGAGGUGCUCUCUGAGGAGCAACAUGCCCCACUCCCAGUGGCUGAAAAUAUCCAACGGGAACGGCUGCGGCACCCUCUCUCCCGCAGAAACCCCCGUGGCAAUAAAAUGCUGCUGCUCCAA